AUGGUCUCCCCGAAAAACAGUGUCAUCAUCCAGGUAGGAGGAGGAGGAGGCAGCGGAGGCGAGCGAACGCAGAACGAUGCAUCUCCAACCCCCGAACACCACCCGCAUUCUCCAAGACCAACAACCAAGAAGACCUGGAGUCGUGAAAACUACCCCGGCGCCCUCCUCUUCAACCUCACCGCCUUCAUCCUCCCAGCCCUCUACGCCACCCUCUCCAAGCUCUGGAUCGCCUCCCUCGACACCUCCCUCGUCGCCACGACCGACACCUACACCUACAUCACGACCAUCGCCGAAGUCCUCAACGAAGGCCUCCCCCGCGCCUCCUGGCUCAUCAUCGGCAACCGCAGCGGGGCCCUGCGCCCCUCCACACGGCUAACCCUCUCCUUCACGCUCAUCGCCGUGCAAUCCCUCCUCGGCCUCAUCCUCUCGCUCGCCAUCCUCGCCGCCGCGCCCGCCUUCACCGCCGCAUUCGUGCCGCGCGCGACGCGCGCCGCAAGUGUCACGUACGUGCGGCUCAGCGCGUUCGCGGCGCUGGCGGCGGCGGUGGAGACGGCGGUGGCGACGAGCACGCGCGCGCUGGACCGGCCCGACGUGCCGCUGCUGGUUAGCAGUGUCAAGUUCGCCGUCAAUAUCGCGCUCGACCUGCUGCUCGUGUCGCGCUUCCACGUCGGCAAGCAUCGGCCGAGCGUCAAUACGCAGGCGGCCGUGCGGCUGGCGUGCGACCUGGUUGCUGCGGCAGCGGGGUUGGCGUAUUUCGUCUGGAGUGCGCUGAGGAGUUGGCGGGGGGAGAGGGGGAGAGAAGGCGGCGGCGGCGAUGGUGAUUAUGGCAACGGCACUGGACGGCCGUCCUAUUUCUCGUUUGCAGCGUUGAAGCUGCUGUUGCCGGCGGGCUCGCUGACUUUCGUCGAGUCGGCGCUGCGUAACGCGCUCUACCUGUGGCUGGUGUCCGGCAUCGUGGCCAUGGGCACCGACUACGCGACCGCCUGGGGCGUCUUCAACACGAUCCGUUGGGGGCUGGUCAUGGUGCCCGUGCAAGCGCUCGAGGCGACGACGCUUGCGUUUGUGGGGCAUGCUUGGGGAUCGUGGAGGGCGGAGGUGGAGAGGAGGGGAGUAGGAGGAGGAACGGUGCAAACGCGGAAGCCCAAGGCCUCGAGGCAGGAUUUGCGCCCGCUGCUCUUCGAAGUACCGCUGUGCAUCUUCCUCGCCCGCUGGGGCGCCCGCAGCUUCGCGCGCUAUCUGUCCGGUACGGACGCGGUAUCCCGCAUCACGGAGAAGAUGUGGAGACUUACAUCUAAACCUCGUCUCGGCUCGUCACAGACAAUUGAUUGGACCUACAUCUUCUAUGCUCUUAGCACACAACUCGCUGCUAUACUGCUCGCGACGCGGCCGCUGUGGUACCUCUAUCAGUCACUGGCCUCGAACAUUCUGUGGGUACUGCCAUGGGCCAUCGCAGUCAGCAAGGCGGGCAUCACGCCUGACGACGCCUGGACCUAUCAUUCUGUUGUCUUCGGUGGAUCGCUAGUGUUCAGCUUCUUCGAUGUCUUGCUGUUCGUGGGAGUGUGGGCCUGGAGGUUGGGCACCGGCCGGAUGAGACUCCCGCCUGCGCGGCGCCAGGUGUGA